CAAAAGACAUCAGCCCAUUACAAAGGCCCAACCCAUCAUUAAACCCCUAAAACCCUUCCUCAACCUCCCUUUGCUUACUCUGAAACCCUUCUUCUUCGUCUUCUUCGGCGGAUUUGCUCCCCAGAGAAGCAAAGGCAUUGUUCUUAUGAAAGAUGAGUUUAAUAUCACAAAACAUUCCCGGCCACAAGACUAAGAGGAUGGAUGCUGAUGAACCUUCAUUUCUGCAAGGGAAUGAAGACAAUGGUGAUGGAAAAGAAUCUAAUUUAGAGAUCAUGAGGAUGACAAAGAGAAAGAAAGCACGCGACGGAGAGGAUGAGAAGGUGGCAGUUGAUCAAGAAAAGGAAACGAAGAAGCUGGAAAACUUUUUGUUUGGAUGAAUCUAUUCCCCAGUUGAGUUUGGGAAGGAGGAUGAGGAAGAAGCUGUAGACCAGGUCGAUAAAGGCUCUGCUUUAUUCUUUGUUGACCGUUCUGCAAGUAUUGUGCACCCUGGUAAUGAUGAUGAUGCAAAAUUCUCAGAAGAGGAUACUAAGCAAAGGAAACCUGUGUGGAUGGAUGAGGAAGAGGAAAAGGCCAACAUUAAUAUCGCUAGGGUUAAUAGAUUGAGGAAGCUGAGGAAGGAAGAGGAUGAGAAUUUUAUUUCUGGUUCUGAGUAUGUUUUACAAUUAAGGGCUCAGCAUGCUAAGCUGAAUCCAGGUACAGAAUGGUCUCAAUUUGAUUCACAGUCGAGGUACAAUAGAUACUCUGAUGAUGAAUCCUCCGAUGAAGAAAAUAGCUUAGUAGUGCCCCGUGGCUACAAGGAGGUUGGAGCUGUUGAUGAUCUCCUUCGUACAAAUGUGGACCUUGUUGUGAAGAGUGGUGGAAAGUUGCUGCCUGGACUUCUUGAAUAUUCAACACUUGUGGAUGCAAAUGCAGAGGAACCAUGUAAUGGUCCAAUUAAUUCGGUGCAAUUUCAUAGAAAUGCUCAGUUGCUUCUUGCUGCUGGAUUGGAUCGAACGCUUAGAUUUUUUCAGAUUGAUGGCAAACGGAAUACUAAAAUUGAAAGCAUUUUCAUUGAUGAUAUUCCCAUACGGAAGGCAGCUUUCUUGCCUGAUGGUUCUCAGGUUAUUAUAGCUGGAAGGAGGAAAUUCUUCUAUAGUUUUGAUUUAGUAAAGGCGAAAGUUGAUAAAAUAGGUCCCCUGGUUGGUAGAGAAGAGAAAAGCUUGGAAGUUUUUGAGGUUUCCCCUGAUUCAAGUACGAUCGCGUUCGUGGGAAAUGAAGGUUAUAUCUUAUUGGUUUCCACUAAAACAAAGGAAUUGAUUGGGACACUCAAGAUGAAUGGAACAGUUCGCUCUUUAGCUUUUUCCAAUGAUGGGAAGCAACUAUUGAGCUCUGGUGGAGAUGGACAGGUUUACCAGUGGGAUCUGAGAACAGGGGCCUGCUUCCAUAAAAUGGUUGAUGAAGGUUGUAUCAAUGGUACAGCCCUUUGUACAUCUCCAAAUGGAUCCUUGUUUGCUGCUGGUUCAGACAGUGGGAUUGUUAAUAUUUAUAAUAGAGAUGAGGUUUUAGGAGGCAAAAGAAAACCAAUCAAGACUAUCGAGAAUCUUACAACCAAAGUAGAUUUUAUGAAGUUCAAUAAUGAUGCUCAAAUUUUAGCUAUUUGUUCGAGCAUGAAGAAGGACAGCUUAAAGUUGGUACAUGUUCCAUCAUACACUGUAUUUUCCAACUGGCCUCCUCAAAGGCAGGGCCUGCAUUAUCCUCGCUGUUUGGAUUUUAGUCCCGGUGGAGGUUUCAUGGCUGUGGGCAAUGCUGCUGGAAAAGUGUUGUUGUACAAGUUGCAUCAUUACCAUCAUGCAUAGAACGAAGGUUAUGAAACCUCAAGAAACAAGAUGCUGUUGUAUUAUUCCUUGUAGUUUUGACGUUUCGGUUGCUAGGUUUCAUGACAAUUCCAUUGUAAGGUGGGUCUAGAAAGACAGUUCAGUUUGUGAUUCAUUUCGAUAGUUGCCAGUACUGUGAUGGCUUCUUGUAAUCUUGUUACAUAAAACUGCUGAAGUUUUGACC